AUAAUCCGGAGUGCAGAGUUAAAAUUCUCUUGGUGAAGUAAAUUAUUCAAAAACCCUGUCUUUUAAUUCUUCUCCCUCGCCCCUUUCUCUCCUCGGGAGUAUUUUCAACCCAAACAAUGGACGCAACCGUCGAUCACUACGCGGUGCUAGGGUUACCUUCCGGCGAAGAAGGUGCAAACCUAACCGAACAGCACAUCAACAAAGCCUACAAACUCAAGGCUCUAGAACUCCACCCUGACAAAAGACCCGACGACCCCAACGCCGCCUCCAAUUUCCAGCAGCUUCGCACCUCCUACGACAUCCUCAAAGAUGAAAAAGCUCGCAAGCUGUUCGACGAUCUUCUCCGCGUCAAGCGUGACAACGAGCGCCGUCAAUCCCAGCGCGACGGAAAACGCCGCAAAAUGGUUUCCGAUCUGGAGCGGAGAGAGCGCGACGCGUUCUCUCCGGAUCCGGCCGCGAAGGGGAAGGAAGAAGAGGAUAGGAUUGUGAAGCAACUUAGGGAUGAGAUUGCUCGGGUUCGUGCUAUGCACGCUAAGAAGGUUGUGCCUGGUUUUGAUUCAAAGAAGGAAAGUGAUGCUUCCGGUGGUGUUGGUGCCGGUGUCAGUGGUGGUGGAAUUGAUCAAGAGAAGGCUUUGAAAGUUUCUUGGGAAAGGAAUGGGGAAGAUUAUUCGGCGGAGAAGUUGAGGGAAUUGUUUUCGAAGUUUGGUGAAGUGGAAGAUGUUGUUAUCAAAGGGAGAAAGAAAAAGGGUUCUGCACUUGUUGUCAUGGCUACUAAACAAGGAGCUAUCGCUACAAUUGGAAGUGUGAUUGGACAUCUUGCUAAUCCGUUGUUGGUUUUACCUCUUAACCCUGCCAUGGCUGCAGAUUCUUGGGGUUCUCCAAAGUCUGUAGAACCUGAAGUGCCGAGUAAACUAGUUGGGUCUGGUUAUCAAGCUUUCGAGGAUUCUGUUCUAAUGAAACUGCAAAAGGCAGCAGCAAAGCAAAGGUGAUGGUAAAAGAUAUCAAACACUAAAACAAACUAUUUGGAAUGGAGUCUGCAACCUGUGGUGAUAUGAUUCAAUUCAAGAAAGCCUCCUUUCGAUGAAAACCAUAAUCUGGAAGUUGAAGGAGGUGUGGUUUUACUGUAGCCUUGGGUCAAUCACAAAUGUUGUUGGGCUGCAAAUAGAGAUAACAAAUGCUAGUUGAUGAAAAGUCAGAGACCAAUGGUUCCCAAGGUUGCAUAAAAAAUUGAAUUCCAUUGUCAAUACUCAGUAUACAAGUCAUGUGUUCUGGGUCAGUUUGGAAUUGCUUUUAUCAUCUGUAUACAACACUAAAAUGCGAGUUUAAUACACUAAGAUUAAGUCCAAAAUUCUAAGAUUAAGCUUUUGGGGAAUUUGAUGUCCAACAAAGCCUACUCCCAACCCAAAUGUACAAUAGCAAACAGAAAUAGCAUUGGACAAAAGAGAGUUCUCAUAGCCAUGUCUAUUUGUAUGAAAAAUAGCUUUAGAACGUGAAUCCAAGCUGGUGAAUAGGUGCUAUCAUGUUCAAUGAUUGUUCUGUUAACUACUGUGUCCCUAUGGUUAUUGAUUUGUUUGCUA